UUCUGUCGUUGGUAGAUUUUGGCACAUCGCCAUGCUCUUCUCCAUCAUCGAACCGACACAUCUCCUUCUUGUCUGCAUUUUCCCAAUCGAGGCAUGGCUUCCAGUUAGACUGUUAGUUGAAAAUCUUUCCCUCUCCUCUCUCGAUUGAAAAAAUUCAGCCUUUCUGAUUGAAUUUCUUCCUCCCAUUUCCCCAAUCCCUUUUUCGUUUCGAGCUUGCCGAAAGAGACCGAAAGUUUCUCCGCUCUCUUCUCCUUUUUCUUCUCCCCUUCUGGGAUGUCGUGAUAAUUCCCGCCAAAGCAAGAAAAUGAGUGAGCCCAUCUUCCGGGUUUCGACCAAUUAGAUGUUCUACGAGAUGAGCUUUCGCGAUUUGGGCUGAAAUCAAUAAAGGGGCCCUCAAAAUUCUGUGGUUUUGAGUGUUCGUUUUCGUUGUGCUGAUGGGGAGUUCUCUUGUUGGGUUCCUGCUCCCUCUGUUGCUUCUUGCUGCUGGUUUGGUGAACUGGAGCUUGAUAGGUCUUAUUGAUUUGAUAGCUUUCCUUGUCUUCCAGUUCAGUGCCUCCAACUUAGGGUUUCACUACCGUAGGCGUUCUUUAUUGCUGUGGUCAACUAUUAUCUUCUCCCUACUAGUUAUCCUUUGUCAAUCAACAUUUCUUGUUCUAUGGGCUACUCAUGGAGACAAUUGGAGUGCAGCAGAAACUUGGUGGGCAAAGCUUUUCGGAUUCAUGAUAGUCUACUCUUGGAGAUCACCCAUUGUAAUAUAUUUUUUGGUAAUACAGCUAUUAGCAGUUUUUGUUGCUUUAUUUGAAAUCUACUGGGGUAGAUUUUAUCUGGUUACAUGGCAAGUUUCGGGCUGGGGCAAUUUCUUCUCUAUUAUUGAACAGCUGGGUUAUCGUACGAGGAAUGCUUGCUGCUUACUCUUGCCUGCAGUUCAACUGGUUGUGGGAAUCAGUCAUCCUUCAUGGAUAUCUUUGCCGUUUUUUAUUGGCAGCUGUGUCGGUCUUGUAGAUUGGUCUUUGACAAGCAAUUUUCUUGGUCUCUUCAGGUGGUGGAGAGCACUUCAGCUCUAUGCAGGUGUCAACAUUGGUCUGCUUUACAUGUAUCAGCUUCCUGCGGAGUUCCUUGAUGUGUUUCGAUGGAUAGCUGAUUUCAUUGGUUUAUAUUGGAUCUCUCCAAAAUCCGAGUGGCCAAUGAUUUCUUCUGGCAUCUCCCUUGUACUUUUCUACAUAAUGCUAUCCUGUGUAAAAUGUACGCUGGAAGAGAUGGAAUGCAUUUUAUCAAGUGAAAGCCAUCUAACAGAGCAGCUUCUUCCUUCCAAAUAUUCGUUUUUUAUCCGCGAGUCAAGGUCGGGUGUGAGGCAUACCAAUAUGUUAUUAAGGGGAUCGGUUUUUCGAACUUUUAGUAUCAACUUCUUCACUUAUGGUUUCCCGGUGUCUCUGUUUGCUCUCUCGUUUUGGAGUUUUCACUUUGCAAGCAUCUGCGCCUUUGGAUUACUUGCCUAUGUUGGAUAUAACAUAUACGCCUUCCCUUCUUUAUUCCGUUUGCACCGCCUAAAUGGGCUCUUGUUGGUCUUCAUCCUGUUAUGGGCCCUGGGAACAUAUAUCUUCAACGUUGCAUUCUCAUUCUUAAAAUGGAAACUCGGGAAGGAUAUGGAUAUAUGGGAAAUGGUUGGAUUGUGGCAUUAUCCCAUACCCGGAUUUUUUCUCCUUGCUCAAUUUUGUCUUGGGGUCCUUGUUGCCAUGGGAAAUCUGGUGAACAACUCUGUUUUCCUGUGCUUGUCUGAAGAGUAUGGGCAACCUAUUGAUGAAGGAUCUUUUGGAGAAGUGGAAAAUGACACCAAAGUGCUGAUCGUGGCUACUGUUGCUUGGGGACUAAGGAAAUGCUCUCGAGCCAUUACUUUGGCUCUGAUAUUCCUCAUAGCAAUGAAACCUGGCUUCAUCCAUGCUGUUUACAUGCUCUUUUUCCUGAUUUAUCUUUUGAGCCACGACAUCAAUAGACAGAUCCGUCAAAGCCUGAUUCUCCUCUGCGAGGCUCACUUUGCCUUGAUAUAUGUUCUUCGAAUCAGUUUGAUCUCUGAAGCACUGGAGAAAGAGGGAUCACUUAGUCGGGAAAUUCUUUUGCAGUUAGGUCUUCUAGAAUGUGAUAGUUGGGAGUUUGUAGAAAUAGCUUUGCUGGCUUGCUUCUGUGCUAUCCAUAAUCAUGGUUUCGAUAUGCUAUUUUCAUUGUCGGCAAUCAUACAGCACUCUCCUAGCCCUCCGAUUGGAUUUAGCAUUUUGAAAGCUGGCUUGAACAAAUCCGUGUUGUUAUCGGUGUAUGCAUCUCGAAACAGCAAAAGCAGCUGUGGAAGUUCUUCCUCAGAGAGGAGGAUUGCUGUAUUUCUCAGUGCAAUUGGGCAGAAGUUCCUGUCCAUCUAUCGAUCAUGUGGGACUUACAUUGCCUUUUUGACCAUUCUCCUCACGGUGUACCUUGUGGAGCCAAACUACAUCUCCUUCGGCUACAUCUUCAUCCUCCUAAUUUGGAUAACAGGAAGACAACUAGUUGAGAAGACAGAGCGACACCUCUGGUUUCCGAUCAAAGCCUACUCAGUUGCUGUUUUCAUCUUCAUCUACUGCUUGAACACCUUCUCAAUCUUUGAAAAGUGGCUCUCAGGUUUGCUUGAUCUGCAAUUUAACUUGGGUUACGACUCGGAAGCUUCCUUGUUUGUAAACGUCUGGCAGUCUCUGGCAGUAAUGGUGGUGAUGCAGCUGUAUAGCUAUGAGAGGAGGCAGAGCAAAUACAGCCAAAUAGAUGACCCGAAGCUUGAGUCAGGCCCGCUCGGAUUCAUCAAAAGGCUGUUGAUUUGGCACAGUAACAAGAUACUAUAUAUGGUGUUGUUUUAUGCUUCUCUGUCUCCAAUAAGCCUUUCUGGGUUUCUGUAUUUAGUUGGGGUGGUCAUUUGUCCUCUGUUACCUAAAUCUUCCCGGGUCCCAUCAAAGUUGUUCCUUGUUUAUACAGGGAUUUUAGUUGUAACAGAGUAUCUGUUUCAGAUGUGGGGGAUGCAGGCUGGGAUGUUUCCUGGACAGAAGCACUCCUACUUAGCAGCACUUCUGGGCUUCCAGCAGUUUGGUUCUGGCUUUUGGGGUCUUGAAUUAGGCCUAAGGGGUAAGGUGCUUGUAAUAGCUGCAUGUACACUUCAAUACAAUGUCUUUCGCUGGCUUGAGAAGAUUCCAUCCACCAUGUCGAGCAAAGAAAAGUGGGAAGAGCCUUGCCCAUUGUUUCUGUCUUCUGAAGAAAGCUUCACCAAUAUUUCUAUUCCUAAUGGAGAAAGCAGGUGGGAGGGAGUCACUAGUAACUCAUCACUAUCUUCAGCCUCUAGCAACAUUCGGGCAUCAAGUGACGUAUUGGGCAUUAGAAAAUCCCUUAGAUACUUCUGGGGAAGCAGUCGAGAGAGUCACAAGUGGAACAAGAAGAGGAUCCUCACUCUGAGAAGAGAGAGAUUGGAAGUCCAAAAGUCGAUCAUAAAGGUGUACCUGAAGUUUUGGAUUGAGAACAUGUUCAACCUCUUUGGCCUCGAGAUAAACAUGAUCGCUCUUCUCCUGGCAAGUUUUGCAUUAUUGAAUGCCGUCUCUAUGCUCUAUAUUGCAUUACUUGCAGUUUGUGUGCUUCUUAGUCGCCCAUUAAUUCGAAAACUGUGGCCACUUUUUGUCUUCCUGUUUGCUGCAAUUCUUGUCCUUGAAUAUUUUGCCAUAUGGAAAAAUGCACUGUCUCCAGACCUGGUAAUCCCGAGGGAUGCUGAUACGCAUUGUCGUGACUGCCCAGAAAGCUCAAAGUACCUACAUUUUUGCGAAAGAUGUUGGUUAGGUCUCAUUGUUGAUGAUUCUCGGGUGCUUAUCAGCUACUUUUUAGUCUUUAUGUGUGCCUGCUUAAAGCUCCGCGCAGAUCACCUAUCCACCUUCUCAGGGUCCCACACUUACCGCCAGGUAAUCUCUCAGCGCAAGAACAUAUUCGUCUGGAGAGACCUCUCAUUCGAAACCAAAAGCAUGUGGACGAUCCUCGACUACCUGAGGCUUUACUGUUACUGCCAUCUGCUGGAUGUUGUCCUCGCUCUGGUUUUAAUCACUGGGACCCUUGAGUAUGAUAUCUUGCAUCUUGGUUAUCUCGCCUUUGCUCUGGUUUUCUUCCGAAUGAGGCUGGAGAUACUCAAAAAGAGGAACAAAGUAUUCAGGUUCCUCCGCAUGUACAACUUUGCCAUCAUUGUCCUUUCCCUUGCAUACCAGUCUCCUUUUGUCGGGGACUUUAGUGCAAGGAAGCGAGACACAAUCAAUUACAUAUUUGAGGUGAUUGGGUUUCAUAAAUACGAUUAUGGAUUUCGGAUUACUGCGAGAUCAGCUCUGGUGGAGAUCGUAAUAUUCAUCCUUGUCGCUCUCCAGUCUUUCAUGUUCUCUUCGCAAGAGUUUGAUUAUGUGUCUCGCUACCUCGAAGCAGAGCAAAUUGGUGCAAUUGUACGCGAACAAGAAAAAAGGGCUGCAUGGAAGACUGCUCAGUUGCAACAUAUUCGAGAAGUCGAGGACAAGAAGAGACAGAGAAACAUGCAAGUAGAGAAAAUGAAGUCGGAGAUGCUCAACCUUCAAAUACAGCUUCAUGAUUCGAACUUGAGUGCAGAUUGUGUAGAAAAUUCUCCUGAGAAUAACAAAGGGCUUCGGAGGAGAAAUGCAGUUUCUCCAAAUGUAGAUACCAGGACUCUCGAGAAAGGGGAAACAGGUUCACAGAUUGUAGAGCAUGUUUCUAAAGAGGAGGAGAUGGCUCGCUCGUAUGAAUCAUUCCAUUCACCAGGUAGUACGACUUCAGAAAGUCCACCCCAUUGUGAGAUCACUGAGAUAGAAGAGGACAUGGCUGAUACUUAUCAACAUAAGUUGGACAAACAGGAGAGAGUUAAAGAGCACCCUCGGGAAAAUCCGAUUAUUUCUGCAGUUCAGCUUAUUGGGGAUGGUGUUUCUCAGGUCCAGUCUAUAGGGAACCAAGCAGUUAACAACCUUGCAAACUUCUUGAACAUCAAGCCCGAAGAGACAGACUUAAAUGAGAACAAGUGUCUCGAGGAUGGGAAGUACGAUGAGAUGGAGAGUCAGAGGAGGCACUUGGCCAUAAAUCGAUCAUCCUCUGUGCAAUCUGAUAUAAGCUCAGAUGCUGCAAGUCUCCAGUUAGGAAGAAUCUUGAGUCAUAUAUGGGCCCAGAUGCAGUCAAACAACGAUGUGGUCUGCUACUGCUGCUUUGUUCUAGUGUUCCUCUGGAACUUCAGCCUUCUCUCGAUGGUCUAUCUUGCUGCUCUCUUUUUCUAUGCCUUAUGUGUGAACACUGGACCCAGUUAUGUUUUCUGGAUCAUAAUGUUGAUCUAUACUGAAGUAUAUAUUCUUCUCGAGUAUCUCUACCAAAUUGUCAUUCAGCACCAUGUUUGGAGCUCAGACACCAGCCUGCUACGGGAGUUGGGAUUUCCCCAGCAUAAGAUAAAGUCCUCCUUUGUAAUGGGCACAAUGCCUCUCUUUCUUGUCUACUUGUUCACACUCAUUCAAAGCUCGAUAACAGCAAAGGAUGGUGAAUGGGCGUCUACAAAUGAAUUACAUUGCUUAAGGGGUGUCCAUCUUCAGAGAAAUCAAGAACUCCGGAACCGAGUUGUAAUUAUCAUGAAAGGUGCAAUCAGAAGCUUUUUUUGGUACUUGAAAUCGCUGAUACAGGGAGCAGAAUCUCCUCCCUACUUUGUUCAGGUUUCCAUGGAUGUCUGUUCAUGGCCUGAUGAUGGGAUCCAACCCGAGAGAAUUGAAUCCGCCGUGAACCAAUUGCUCCGAACAGUCCAUGACCAGAGAUGCAGCGAGAAAAACCCAAACCUCUGCCCAUUUGUCAGCCGCGUCCAUGUUCAGAGUAUUGAGAGAAGCCCAGAAAGCCCAAAUGUGGCCUUGGCGGUUUUCGAGGUUAUAUAUGCAUCUCCUAUUAAGGGUUGUGCCUCUGCUGAAUGGUAUAGAUCUUUAGCUCCUGCAGCUGAUGUGGCAAAGGAGAUUCUCACGGCACAGGCAUUGGGUUUUGUGGACCACAUAAGAUUUCCGUACAGGAUACUAUCAGUAAUUGGCGGGGGCAAACGAGAGAUAGAUUUGUAUGCCUACAUAUUUGGUGCAGAUUUGACAGUGUUUUUUCUAGUGGCUAUGUUUUAUCAGUCAAUCAUGAAGAAUAAGAGCGAGUUUCUCGAUGUAUCUCAGCUUGAGGAUCAGUUCCCAAAGGAGUUUGUUUUCAUCUUAAUGGUAAUUUUUUUCCUGAUUGUGCUAGAUCGGAUCAUCUACCUCUGUUCAUUUGCCACUUGCAAAGUGAUUUUCUAUCUAUUCAACCUUACUCUCUUUACAUACACAAUCACAAAGUAUGCUUGGCGAAUGGGGCCUUCUUUGCAACAGGCGGGAUGGUUAGCACUCCGUGCUAUAUUUCUUGCAAAGGCCCUUUCUUUAGCUCUUCAAGCCAUACAAGUACGGUAUGGGAUCCCUCAUCAGAGCACCUUGUAUCGACAGUUUCUAACAAGUGAAGUCUCUCGAGUCAAUUACUUGGGUUAUAGGCUUUAUCGUGCUUUGCCCUUCCUUUAUGAAUUGAGAUGUGUACUUGACUGGUCAUGCACCACCACAUCAUUGACUAUGUAUGACUGGCUAAAGUUGGAAGACAUAAAUGCAAGCUUGUACCUGGUCAAAUGCGAUGCGGUCUUGAAUAGAGCAAAGCACAAACAAGGAGACAAGCAGACCAAAAUGACCAAAUGUUGCAAUGGAAUCUGUCUUUUCUUCUUCCUUAUCUGCGUCAUCUGGGCUCCUAUGCUGAUGUACAGCAGUGGGAACCCAACAAACAUUGCAAAUCCUAUCAAAGAUGCAAGCGUUCAAGUCGAUAUCAGAACUGUUGCUGGGAAGCUAACCUUGUACCAAACUACUCUCUGCGAGAAGCUCCCAUGGGGUAACCUCAGCAGUAACCUCGACCACGAUCUCGACCCCAAAGGCUAUUUGGACACAUUUGAUAAGAACGAUAUUCAGUUAAUAUGCUGUCAGUCAGAUGCGAGCUCCCUAUGGCUCGUCCCAGAAGUAGUUCGGUUGAGAUUUGUCCAGUCACUUCAGUGGGACCCAGACAUGGGUAUAAGCUUUAGUUGGGUGCUAAACAGAGACCGGCCAAAAGGGAAGGAACUCGUCCGAUAUGAUAGGCCCGUCAGUACUGAGGAUCUUCCUCAACGAUGGGAUGUGAUGGAGGUUCUCAAUGGGUCUCACAACAGCUUCAGGAUAUAUAAUGUGUACCCAAGGUAUUUUAGAGUUACAGGUUCAGGCGAAGUCAGACCUCUUGAACAGGAGGUGAAUGCAGUUAGUACAGAUCUUGUUUUAAAUCAUGGGGAAUUUCAAUGGUGGUCCUUCCACGAUAUCAAUUCUUCUGAUGUAAGUGGAUGUGAAGGAUUGACUGGACCCAUGGCUAUUAUAGUAUCAGAGGAAACACCACCACAGGGUAUUCUUGGAGACACGCUUAGCAAGUUCAGUAUCUGGGGUCUCUACAUUACCUUUGUGCUCGCAGUCGGCCGUUUUAUCAGGCUUCAAUGUUCUGACCUGAGGAUGAGAAUACCGUAUGAAAAUCUGCCUUCCUGUGAUAGGUUGAUAGCAAUUUGCGAGGACAUAUAUUCAGCUAGAGCAGAGGGUGAACUCGGAGUUGAAGAGGUCCUUUACUGGACACUAGUGAAGAUUUACCGAUCGCCCCACAUGCUUCUGGAGUACACCAAAGCUGACUGAGUUAUCAUAGCUAAGGAUUUAUUUUGGUUUUCAGCUUGAGUUAUGCCCCAGUAAGACCAGCGCUACAAUUCCCACACACUACAAAUACAGGGCAGAUCAAUGUCGGCACCCGAUCAUGCCAGCCCCCUGGCGAAACAUGCGACAUUGGUGUAUGCUUAUGCUAUUUUGGCUGUGAUUGAUCCACUGGUAUCCAGUACCGGCAAGACUUAUCAUGCAAUACUGUGACAGAUCUUCAUCAAUCUUUAAUGGUAGUUAAACUUGGAGAUUCGAAUGACACGCUACUAACUGCUCCAAGUGCUCCUCUUGUUGCCGUUUCUGGUCACGAUGUAUAUAAAUCUUUUGGCUAACUGCAUAGAAUAUGCCAUUGUGCCCGAUAGGACCCAAAACCGGGGAAGAUUGAAGGUAAUUUCUUCUUCUAGGUAAAGGAGAGGGGCCUUUGAAUGUCAUAUUGCAUUUAUUUUUUCUUUUUUUGGGUUCAAAUAGAAGUUGGAGGCAGUAUCAAAUGUAUUCUUUAGCAUUUGCAGUCAUAAUCAAACUUGCCCGAUCUUUUUAUGGGUU